AUAAAAAUUCAUGAAAAUUUUAGAAAUUAUCCCAAAAAUAACGAAUUUAUAUAUGUUCAUGAUAAACUUCACAUACUUUUCUAGAAAAUAUUUUACAAUUUAUCCAGACCAUGUCUCAUGUCACAGAUAUAAAAGUUCUUUUUUCUAGGUUGUUUUCUUUUAAGAAUGGAUUAAGUAGUGUCAGAUUUAGUAGGAGGCAUUUUAGUCAAGAUUCUGAUAGAGCACGACAAGUUACACCUUUGCCACCGUUAUCAGAGCCAGUGCCAAAUUUACCACCAAUAGUGUACUCAUCGGCAAAAUCUGAAGAUGCUCUUACUGAAGUUACAGUUUUGGGCAAUGGUUUAAGGGUUGCAUCGGAAAAGAAAUUUGGACAAUUUUGUACUGCAGGAGUGGUAAUUGAUUCUGGGCCAAGAUAUGAAGUGGAUUAUCCAAGUGGCAUCUGUCAUUUCCUUGAAAAAUUAAGUUUUGGCGCCACUCAUAAAUUCCCUACAAGAGAUGUGAUGCUGAGGGAAUUGGAAAGACAUGGUGGCAUUUGUGACUGUCAGGGUUCCCGUGACACUACAGUUUAUGCCACCAGUGCCGAUUCCAGAGGGCUCGAAGCUAUAACUCAGGUUUUGGCGGAAGUGACCUUGAGACCGCAGCUGUCUACUGAUGAAGUGGAGGCAGCCAGACAAGCUGUUGCAUUUGAACUUGAAACACUCUCAAUGCGGCCGGAACAAGAAACUAUUUUAAUGGAUAUGAUUCAUGCAGCAGCAUACAAAGGCAAUACACUGGGUUUGCCGAAGAUAUGUCCCGUAGAAAAUGUUCACAAAAUAGACAGAGGUACUAUUAUAAAUUAUUUGAAGAACCACUACACACCUGAUAGAAUGGUUGUUGCAGCUGUCGGAGUAGAGCACGGGCCAUUUGUUGAAUAUGUGCAAAAAUAUUUUGUAGAUAUGAAACCGAUGUGGAACUCUGAAAGCAAUGAUUUGAUCAAAUCAAAUGUAGACAAAUCAGUUGCAAAGUAUACCGGCGGUAUUGUACAGGAGGAAUGCGAAAUCCCUCUGUACCCCGGCUCAGAUCUGCCGGAAUUAUCUCAUGUUGUUAUUGGAAUUGAGAGUUGUUCGCACAGUCACCCUGACUUUGUGGCGACCUGCGUACUCAAUAUGAUGAUGGGAGGAGGCGGCUCCUUCUCUGCUGGCGGACCUGGCAAGGGCAUGUACACGCGUCUCUACACUAACGUCCUCAACAGAUAUCACUGGAUGUUUAACGCGACGGCGUACAAUCACGCGUACGGUGACUCGGGCGUGUUCUGUGUCCACGCCGCCUCGCCCCCAGCCCGCCUGCACGACACGGCGCUGCUCAUUGCGCGCGAGCUCUCGGCAAUGGCGGGCAACGUCGCCCCCAACGAACUCAGGAGAGCGAAAACUCAGCUGCAGUCGAUGCUACUGAUGAACCUGGAGGCGAGGCCGGUUGUGUUUGAGGAUGUCGGCAGGCAGGUGCUCGCAACCGGCAAGAGGAAACCACCUUCAUAUUUCAUCAACGAAAUCGAGAAAAUAACAGCAGAUGAUAUAGUUCGUGUUGCGACUACAAUGUUGAGUAAGCGUGCGGCGGUGGCGGCGCGAGGAAAACUCACACAUUUGCCCACAUUCGAGGAAAUCCAGGCGAAUAUGUCGCUGAACAAGAGCGAGACGUCCCCACAGGGCAGACGUCUCAAUUUAUUCCGCGCCUAAAUGUGCACUCAUCUCUAGAUCUAGAUUUUAAUUUUAUUUUGGCUGAUUGUUUAGAAAUAAAAUA